AUGGAGAGCCUGCUGGAGAAUCCGGUGCGUGCCGUGCUCUACCUCAAGGAGCUCACGGCCAUCGUGCAGAACCAGCAGAGCCUUAUCCACACACAGCGCCAGCGCAUCGACGAGUUGGAGCGGCGGCUAGACGAGCUAAGCGCCGAGAACCGCAGCCUGUGGGAGCAUCAGCAGCUUCUGCAAGCCCAGCCUCCGCCGGGGCUCAUCCCCCCGUCGCCAGCCCCGCUGCCGGCUACCCCAGCCACUGCUGCCACCUCCGCCUCCGGGGCCCACGAACAGCUCCAGAACCACGGACAGCUCCUGUCCGCCUCGCCACAGCCCGCGUCGGAGCAACCACCGCUUCAGCACCAGGGACAGCUCCUGGUGCAGCCCCAGCCGGGCCCCAGUACCAGAGCUCACGCACCCCAGUCGCCCCACCAGCACCCAGUGGCUCCUGGAGCCGUCGCCGACAAGGAGAAGGAGCGUCCUCCGAGUUGUUGCGCUGCCGCUGGAACCCUCCUUCAGCACAAAUCCCCCGCUGCCCUCAGCAAGGGCGUCCUGAGCAGGAGACCUGAGAAUGAGACCGUGCUGCACCAGUUCUGCUGCCCAGCUGCUGACACCGAGCAGAAGCCCGCCUGCUCCGACCUGGCCUCCCACAGUGAUGGCUCCUGCACCCAGACUGGUGGGGGCAUGGAGGACUCCGUGGUGGCAGCGGCGGUGGUGGCAGCCGGCAGACCCAGUGCCCAUGCCCCGAAGGCUCAAGCCCAGGAGCUGCAGGAGGAGGAGGAGCAGCCAGGGGCGGGGGGUGCCUCCCCACGUGCUGGCCCCCACCGUGAGGCCUCCCCCGGCCGGCAGCAGCCUGCCCUGGUGACGGCGCUCUGCUCCCACGCCCCUGCCGCCUCCGAUUACGAACUCUCCCUUGACCUAAAGAAUAAACAGAUUGAAAUGCUAGAACACAAGUACGGGGGCCACCUGGUGUCCCGGCGCGCCGCUUGCACCAUCCAAACCGCUUUCCGCCAGUACCAGCUGAGCAAGAAUUUCGAGAAGAUCCGCAACUCGCUCCUGGAGAGCCGCCUGCCCCGGCGGAUCUCCCUGCGCAAAGUGCGUGCGCCGACGGCGGAGAGCCUGGCGGCGGAGAAGGCGCUCAUGGAGGGCUAUGGCCUCCUGGGACUGCCGCUGGUGCGCUCUCCCUCCCUGCCGCCUACCUUCGCCGGCACGCUCACCGAGCUGGAGGACUCCUUCACGGAGCAGGUGCAGUCCCUCGCCAAGUCCAUCGACGACGCCCUCAGCACCUGGAGCCUCAAGACCAUGUGCUCCCUGCAGGAGAGCGGGGCUUACCAGAUACACCAGGCCCUGCACGCGGGCGCGGGGCCGCCAGGACUGGAGGCAGAAAUGCGGGAGACCGAGAAUGCCUGUCCGGGACCCGGGGAAGAGGCCGUGGAGUCUGCCGGCCUACCCCAGGGCCACAGCAGCACCCUCAUGAUGGCUUUCCGGGAUGUCACCGUGCAGAUCGCCAACCAGAACAUCUCUGUCUCCUCCUCCACCGCUCUGUCGGUGGCCAACUGCCUGGGCGCGCAGACUUCCCAGGCCCCAGCAGAGUCCAUAGUAGGCCUAGACGAGCAGGGCGAGGCCCGGGGUCAGGAGGCUCUUGCGGCCCCCGCUACGGGCCAGGGCGAUGCUCCAGCAGAGACCACGUGCACAGAGGCGGGAGCCGGCGCAGCCCUGCACUCCAACCCGCCUGGGACCGGGGAGGAGGAAGGGGUGGAGGAGGCGGGGGAGGUGGGAAAAGGGGCCGAACCCGAGGCCGGUGACAACUCGGAGCAGCUGAGCAGCAGCAGCACGUCCACCAAGUCUGCCAAGUCGGGCUCGGAAGUCUCAGCCUCCACCUCCAAGGAAGCCCUGCAGGCUAUGAUCCUGAGCCUGCCGCGCUACCAUUGCGAGAACCCGGCCAGCUGCAAGUCGCCCACGCUCUCCACCGACACUCUGCGCAAGCGCCUCUACCGCAUCGGCCUCAACCUCUUCAACUUAAACCCAGACAAGGGCAUCCAGUUCUUGAUCUCCCGAGGCUUCAUCCCUGACACCCCCAUCGGAGUGGCCCAUUUCCUGCUCCAGCGUAAAGGCCUCAGCCGGCAGAUGAUUGGAGAGUUCCUGGGCAACAGCAAGAAGCAGUUCAACCGCGAUGUGCUGGACUGCGUGGUGGACGAGAUGGACUUCUCUAGCUCGGAGCUGGAUGAGGCCCUGCGUAAGUUCCAGGCUCACAUCCGUGUUCAGGGGGAAGCCCAGAAGGUGGAGCGGCUCAUAGAGGCCUUCAGCCAGCGCUACUGCAUGUGCAACCCCGAGGUGGUGCAGCAGUUCCACAACCCUGACACCAUCUUCAUCCUGGCCUUCGCCAUCAUCCUCCUCAACACCGAUAUGUAUAGCCCCAACAUUAAGCCUGACCGGAAGAUGAUGCUGGAGGACUUCAUUCGAAACCUGCGAGGUGUGGAUGAUGGCGCUGACAUCCCCAGGGAGCUUGUGGUCGGCAUCUACGAAAGGAUACAGCAGAAGGAGCUCAAGUCCAAUGAGGACCAUGUCACGUAUGUCACCAAGGUGGAGAAAUCCAUCGUGGGCAUGAAGACAGUGCUGUCAGUGCCCCAUCGCCGCCUAGUCUGCUGCAGCCGGCUCUUUGAGGUGACAGACGUGAACAAGCUGCAGAAGCAGGCUGCACAUCAGAGGGAGGUGUUUCUCUUCAACGACCUGCUGGUGAUUCUCAAACUUUGCCCAAAGAAGAAGAGCUCCUGCACAUACACCUUCUGCAAGUCGGUUGGCCUGCUGGGAAUGCAGUUUCACCUUUUUGAGAAUGAAUAUUACUCACAUGGCAUCACCCUGGUGACCCCGCUCUCGGGCUCCGAGAAGAAGCAGGUGCUGCAUUUCUGUGCCCUGGGCUUAGACGAGAUGCAGAAGUUUGUGGAGGACCUGAAGGAGUCCAUUGCGGAGGUGACAGAGCUGGAGCAGAUCCGGAUAGAGUGGGAGCUGGAGAAGCAGCAAGGAGCAAAGACACUCUCUUUCAAGUCUGGAGGAGCCCAGGUGGACCCACAGUCAAAGCAGGGAUCACCUACAGCCAAAGCCGCGCUGGGGGAGAGGCCUACAGAGAGCACGGUGGAGGUGUCAAUUCACAACAGGCUUCAAACGUCCCAGCACAACUCCGGGCUGGGGGCCAAGAGGGGAGCUCCGGUGCCACUGCCAGACCCGCAGCCUAGCCCCUUGAGAGAGCAGCUCCCGCCGUUGCUGCCGCCGCCACCCACACCCCCAGGGACCCUGGUGCAGUGCCAGCAAAUUGUCAAGGUCAUUGUCCUGGACAAGCCCUGCUUGGCCCGCAUGGAGCCCCUGCUAAGCCAGGCUCUCUCCUGCUACGCCUCUUCCUCCUCCGACUCCUGUGGCUCCACACCCCUGGGUGGCCCAGGCUCUCCUGUCAAGGUCAUCCACCAGCCCCCGCUGCCCCCGCCCCCACCCCCCUACAACCACCCUCACCAGUACUGCCCGCCUGGCUCCCUGCUGCACCGGCGCCGCUACUCCAGCGGCUCCAGGAGCCUGGUGUAG